AUGGCUCAGUCAGUGACGCCAGCUCGCCGCACGCUCUACAAUGACCCCACGUUCUCCGACAUCAAGAUCCGUCAGAUCUACAAGGGCAAAGUCAAGGAGUAUUGGGCCCACAAGGCUGUGCUCUGCGCUCACUCGGGUUGGUUCAUGGCAGCUUUGACCGGCCAGUUCAAGGAAGCCUCUGCAGACACCAUCGAAGUUCACGAGGACGAUCCGGAAAUCUUCCAAACCAUGAUGGAGUUCUUCUACAACAUGGACCUCAAGAAGUCACACCCGUGUUAUGACAUCGACAAGUUCGUCAAGACCGAUGUGGUCCCCAUUAUUUCACUUCACGCUCUCGCCGACAAGUACGACGCCAAAAUUCUACAGGAGACCGCUAUAUCUGCGUUCAAGACCCAAACAGGCAGAAUUCGUAUUCAUCCAGCAAUCGAAACAGUACAUAUGCUGGUACACGCAUAUUAUUCGGCUUGCUCGGUAGUUCGGAGUGGUAUGGGUGAAGCUAUCGUCCAAUACAUCUUCAAAGUAAAUCUCUAUGGCUUGAGAAACGGCGAGUACGGCGAGCUAUGCGUACAGUAUAGCAAUCUUGGCGCCGACUUCUAUCUUGUGGGCAUAGCUGGUGGUGAACUGAAAUAUGCUUGA